AUGGCGAGGACCAUCUCAUGGGAGCAGCGGGCUCAGCUGGAGGAGAAGGCCCGCCACCGGCGCAGCAUGCGGACCCUGCGGGCGGCCCUGGCGGUGUUCUCCGUGCUGCUGCUCGGGGUGGGGUCGACGGGGAUCGGGCUGGGCGCCGCGGCCGUGUACACACCGGGCGGGAAGAUCACCUCUAGGAACAGCAUGUCGCCGAUAUGCUGCGGCGCUUGUUUCUUCAUCUGCAGUGUUCUCGGUCUGAUCUGUGCGAAGAAGACUACUGCGUGGGCGGACAACAUUUCCCUGCCCGGACAGCCCACCGCCGUGCCGAACUCCGGACAAGGCCCGGAGAAGAGCGUCGCUCUCGCCCGCGGAGCCACGGCUGUAGCCGGUGUGGGCUGUGCCACCACCAUCAUACUGACUUUCCUCGCCUGUCGAGUCGCAAGAGAAGAGAAGAGGAGGUUGUUCAUGAUGAGAGAAGGAACCCUGGCGCCAGGCUCGUCACAUCAAGUCAACGAACUCACUUGAAACACGACUGGGUACUCCUUCUGGAGCCGCCAUUUUGUAUAUUCUGACCUUUGACCUUCUUCUUCGUGUGUAAACACGAAAGACGAACGCAAGGCCUGCUGGGAAGAUAAUGAUGGAAUAAUUUAGAUUAAACUAACAAG